AUAUUAACAGUUUGCUCUGAGAGUCGCAAGUGUACGUAACGCCUCUUUAAAUAGAACGGAAUAAUUUUUUUUAAAACUUUAGUAGGAAAAAAGUAGUAGAAAAAAAUCCUUUAAAUAAAACUAAAAUUUAAGAAAAUAAGAACGUUACAGACUUGUCGACGACAAAGACGAGUAAAGAAAAAAAAAAGAAAAAUACAUAAUUACACGACUAAUGCGUAAGAGCUGGUCUUCCGAAAUUUUGCAAUUGAAAAUUUAAUUUUAAAAAGGAUUUUAUAAUUAGAGAAAAAAAAAGAAAUAAAAAAAAAAUUAAACCAACAAAAACAAAAGCAUGGCUUACGAAACGGUGUCAUAAGAAUUACAAAUAUUUGCUGUUUUUUGAAAAAAAAAAUGAAAUAAAGCAGAAAAUUAAAAAAGAAAAAAUAAGAAAGUGUAAAUUUAAAGGGAAAAAGUGAAAAAGAAAAGAAAAUGAAGGAAAAAGUGUAAAGUUUAAAUUAAGUAUGAAUAAAAAUAAUUAAAAAAAAGUGUAAAUGUUGCAAGGAAAUCAAAUUAAUUUUUUUUUAAAUUGUAAUAUGACAAUGUUCUAUGAUUUCUAAUAAUAACAACUAUAUACAGCUAUAAUAGCAGCAACAACAACAACAAUUAUACCUACGCAACGUAACUUAUUACACUCGUAAUAUAUACGUAUAUAUUUUCGUCUGUAUCUAUUUUCCAAAAAAAAAAAAGUUUCUCACAAAAAAACGAAAAAAGGCAACAACCCACUGCACUCACUAGCAGGGAAAUUACCACCCACAGUAAUAAGCAACGGGAUUACGUGUGAAAAAUUAUUUUAGAUUUGUUAAGAACGAAGAAAAACACACAAAAAAUCAAAUCAAAUAAAAAAACAAAAACUACUACUGUGCGACAGUGGUGAAUACAAGUUAAGCCUCCCCAAAGGAUACAGGCAACAAACACUCACUGCUACUGUAACAAGAAAAACAACUAUUACAACUACAAUAACCUACUGCUGCUACUCAUCAUCAUUCUUCACUCACUACUGCUACUCAUCACUCUUUAAAUAACCAAACGGACAAAAUGACAAAUUCCGGUUUUGGGUGGCUUUUUGCUUUGGGGACCAAAUAGAAGAACAACAAUUUUGUUUCCUUAAGUGAAAAGAAUGAUUAAAAAUAAAUUUACAACAAUACAGGCACGAACACUCGAGUAUUUACUUUUGACUUAAGUUAUAUGUAUGUAUAUACAUAUAUACAUACAUAUAUGGAUGUAUGUAUGUAUGGGAAAACAAAAGGCUUGGAAUGGAUUGGAUUUGCUUUCAUUAAUAUAAUCAAACUGCAGAAGAACAAGAAGAUCACGGUUCUGGAAUAUGGGCAUAUUAUUCCUGAUAUACUAUUGUGUCACAGUUUACUCUGCCAAAAGUGAUGAUAAAACAGAGAAACCUUUCGAUGUAGGUAACAUGGAAAAUGAAAAUGGUGAAGAGUUUGACAAAUCAAUAGAAACAUCAACAGAGCUAAAUGUUGAAACAGAGUUAAACGUUGAAACCACCCAGGCUACACUUCCUACGGCCCAUGAAGCAGUUCCUACUUGGCGUCCAAAACGUGAUAAUUGUACACCCCCAGCCAUAGAGCAAUUUCCACAGCCAUUAAUGAGCAAAUGGCUGAGACAACAUGGUGGCCUCAUCAUACACGUCCUGGUGGCCAUAUUCACCUUCUUCGGUUUGGCCAUAGUGUGUGAUGAGUAUUUCGUGGCCAGUUUAGAUAGAUUGUGUGAAGAACUGAAAUUGUCUCCUGAUGUGGCUGGUGCCACAUUUAUGGCUGCCGGCAGUUCAGCUCCUGAAUUGGCUACCGUUGUUAUCGGUGUGUUCUUUGCCAAAGAUGACAUUGGUAUUAGUGGUGUCAUUGGUUCAGCAGUUUUCAAUAUCAUGUUUGUCAUUUCCGUUUGUGCUUUAUGUUCCGGUACGGUGUGUCAACUCAACUGGUGGCCUUUGGUGCGAGAUUGCUUUUUUUAUUGCAUUUCCAUUUUGGUCAUGUUGAUCAUCAUUUUCAAUGAUGUCAUUUCUUGUUUUGAAUCUGUUGUCAUGCUGCUGUUUUAUGUAGUCUACUGUGUCGCCUUAUGCUUUAAUACUGAACUCGAACGCUGGGCUUUGUCUUUGAAUCUUCCCUUCAAACUUCCAACUAAAGAGGAACAAUCAUCUCUAGUGACCUAUAAAAAUGUACAAGAUAACAAUUACACACAAGGCACUCAACAGCAGACUAAUUUGUCACAAGAGCCUAACGCCGCAUCCUCGUCAGAAAACCAGCAGCAACAAGAAUAUCAAAAUUAUACCGAUCCCAACUCCAGUUGGGAUCCCAAUGCAGCUUGGGGUGAUACCUCCGAUCCCGUGGGCGUCAGUGCUAGAUCCUCCGUUCAACCGGCCGCUGUAGACGAUUGGGGCAUGAGCCAAUAUACUGCAGGUCAAGGACAAGAGAACAUUGGCUACAAUCCCGAUCAACCCGAAUCGGUGGUAACACAAUCGCCUACCGGUGACAAUGCACAAAAACCUGUGGUGGGUAAACCACAACCAGCCGGUGUGGAAUAUUACAAGUCCAGUGAUAAAUCGAAGGAAGCCCGACCCAAUCCUCUGGAACGUCCAACAACGGGAGGUUUACCAGCACUGAUCUCCUGGUAUGUUGUCUAUCCCAUACAUUUCCUCUGCCAGAAAACCAUGCCAGACUGCCGCACCGAAAAAUAUCGCAAUUGGUAUCCCUUCACAUUUUUAAUUUCCAUGAUCUGGAUCUCAUUCUAUUCGUACUUCAUGGUUUGGAUGAUCACUGUCAUUGGCUCAACAUUGGCCAUACCGGACACGGUAAUGGGCUUGACCUUUGUUGCUGCUGGUGUUUCCGUUCCCGAUGCCCUAAGCUCAAUAGCCGUUAUCAAAGAGGGUUUUGGCGAUAUGGCCGUUUCAAAUGCAAUCGGCUCGAAUGUCUUUGAUAUCCUAGUGUGCUUAGGUCUUCCGUGGUUCAUACAAACAGCUAUCAUUAAGCCAGGCUCUCAUGUCAAUGUCAUUUCGAAAGGUUUGGCUUACUCAACACUGUCACUAUUCUCAACGGUCAUAUUUUUAAUAUUGUCCACCCAUUUAAAUGGCUGGAAAUUGGAUAAACGCCUGGGCAUCAUACUGAUGGUGUGGUAUUUGCUAUUUAUAACUUUAGCCUCAUUGUAUGAACUUAAUGUAUUCGGUUAUAUGAAUCCACCAGAGUGUCCAAGUGAAUAUUAAAUUGGAAACGAUUGCUAUAGCAACAACAUAACAAAAUGUAUACCAGAGCAUCCCACAAGUAUUGCAAUUAUUUCAAAAAAAAAAGAAGAAACUUUAUUUAAAAACGGAAAAAAACUCAUAAAUGCAAGAGAAAUAAGUAGGAACAAUUUGGAAGCUGUGUUUUAAAAUUGCUUAAGGAAAUUAUUAGAUUUUAUUUAAAAAAAAAAAAAUGAAUAAAAAUUAUUUGUGAAACAAU